GGAACGAUUUGACAGUUCGAAUAAAUGCUGAGCAGGGAAUACGAAAGAAAGAAACUAUUUUUAACGUUUGCUUCGACCAACUAAUAACUUACUUAUGAUAAUCAAUAAAUAGUAAUUCUAUAGUGUUAUAAUUAAAAUGUAAUCGUAUCAAUUAUUAUUAUAAUUUCAAAACAAAGUCUAUCAGAUGUUUCGAGGUUGCAAAGUGUCUGUGUUCAAUGUUAUCAUUAUUUGUGUUGUUUUAUCAGUGAAGUAAAUAGAUAUGAUGAACAACAUGACAGACAGCAAAGCUUUAACCAUGGGGCCAGCAAAUGGUCUUAUGGAUAAAUCCAAGGAACUCCAGAAGGAAAUUCUUAUGGAGAAACUAAGAUCUAAAACUUCACAAUACAAAAAUUUGUCGGAGACUUCAAAAGCAGUUCGAAUGGCAUUACUGGACAAGCGCUGGGCUGUGGACAGUCAAGACCGCAUGAUUCUUCAAAAGUGCUUGGACAGUCUUCAGCACUGCAUCAAGAUUAGCUCUCUUCAAAGCCUCAUUGAGAGACUCGAGUGUCUGUCGCGACAACUUGGGCUUAAGUUUGUUGUUGGGACCUCCGGUGUUAAUCUAUUCAUAUCAUCCGAUAUGUUUUACCUUGAGAUACUUGUGGAAUCAUCUGGCUCAAUCAAAGAUGUCAAGAUUCAUCAUGAAGGAAAGAUUGAACAACAAAGUUGUGAAGAAUUGGUUUCCUGUAUAUCUCGGGGUGACUUUGCUGAUUUUACUGCUCAAUUAGAAGGUCUAACAGCUGUCUACCAGUUAAAUGCUGAGAAAAAGGUGAAAUGCAAAGCAUUCAGUGCCCUGCAGAGCUUGGAAGAAGAUCUUUGCACCUUAAGGCAGCUGCAAAGCUUCAUCAAAGAUCCAUGGGCACAGGUUCAUAAGAGCCCCAUUGGGUUCCUCCAAAAACGAAGGGGAGGUCACGCCAUGCGACUCACAUACUUCGUAUCACCUUAUGAACUUCUGGAUAAAGACAAAGGCCUUCAACCACUCACAGUAGAACUCUUAACACUGGGCAAACCUCAAGCUUCGAGUGGUCUCGCUUCUUUGGUGGCUCCAACUCACACUCCCAUUGGGCAUUCAGCUACAGUCCUGUUGGAGGGCUCUACCGCUAACAAGCUGCAGUUGCAGUCAAUCAUAUCUGGUGGCGGCCAAAGGCCAGGAAAAGGGAACGGCCCGGUAUACGCACCGCUGGUGCCUCAAAACAGUGCGAUGUUGCCAGCAUGUUUCACUCUGAAGCUGUCCCAACCUACACCUAUGUGCUCUGGGCUAGCAAAACUCAUACAUGCUACAACUGAGGUGGAGGUGGCUGGUGACUGGGCGAAUGCGAAGCCAUUGCUAGGCCUCGUGGCCCAGCAAGCCUACAACAAGCUCGCACCAGGCAAGAUUGUAGAGCUGAAUCUAAGCAAAGGAUUGUUUGUAAACCUACCCGAGCAGACUCAGUGCUACUUCUUGUGCGAGACUCGCGGGCUCGAAGGCUGCGUGGUGACCAGCGUCCCGUUCACUCACCCGUCGCACGUGCCGCCGCUGCUGGCCUGUCUCCGGCAACAGGCGCUCUUCAACGCGCUGGUGGCAAGCUGCGUGCGUUUGCAGACCAAGCAAGUUUUGGACCUCGAAAGCGUGCUGAUGUUCGAAGUCAGCGCCCUCUCGUGGCAGCACAUCUCCAUCUCACUGGAGCACCCGUUGGACGAGAGCAUGGCGACCGUAGAACUGGAGCUGUCCGACCCGGCCGCGCCCCGGGCCUCGGUCUACACUCUCAACUCGCCGCCGAGAGAACAUAUAGAUGAUUAUAUCAGCCGAGUGCUGCAGAAGAGCCACUCGAUACCCAUCACUUUGAGAGCACCCUUUGAACUGGAGCUGUCCGACCCGGCGGCGCCCCGGGCCUCGGUCUACACUCUCAACUCGCCGCCGAGAGAACAUAUAGAUGAUUAUAUCAGCCGAGUGCUGCAGAAGAGCCACUCGAUACCCAUCACUUUGAGAGCACCCUUUGGACUGGAGCUGUCCGACCCGGCGGCGCCCCGGGCCUCGGUCUACACUCUCAACUCGCCGCCGAGAGAACAUAUAGAUGAUUAUAUCAGCCGAGUGCUGCAGAAGAGCCACUCUAUACCCAUCACUUUGAGAGCACCCUUUGGACUGGAGCUGUCUGACCCGGCCGCGCCCCGGGCCUCGGUCUACACUCUCAACUCGCCGCCGAGAGAACAUAUAGAUGAUUAUAUCAGCCGAGUGCUGCAGAAGAGCCACUCGAUACCCAUCACUUUGAGAGCACCCUUUGAACUAGAGCUGUCGGACCCGGCCGCGCCCCGGGCCUCGGUCUACACUCUCAACUCGCCACCGAGAGAACAUAUAGAUGAUUAUAUCAGCCGAGUGCUGCAGAAGAGCCACUCGAUACCCAUCACUUUGAGAGCAUCCUUUGAACUGGAGCUGUCCGACCCGGCGGCGCCCGGGGCCUCGGUCUACACUCUCAACUCACCACCCAGGGAACACAUCGAUGACAACAUCAGUCGAGUGCUGCAGAAGAGCCACUCGAUACCCAUCACUUUGAGAGCACCCUUUGGACUGGAGCUGUCUGACCCGGCGGCGCCCCGGGCCUCGGUCUACACUCUCAACUCGCCACCGAGAGAACAUAUAGAUGAUUAUAUCAGCCGAGUGCUGCAGAAGAGCCACUCGAUACCCAUCACUUUGAGGUCGCUAGUGAAAAUCUGGGAGCGCGAAGCAGCCACGAAGCAGAUGAACGGCGGCUACUCGGCCCUGGAGUCGAAUUUUAGCUGCGGCCUGGGGGGCAUGGAUCCCGGGGGCGAGCACGUGAAGCACGAGCCCGGGACCAUGCACGGCCGAGCUCUCUACCCCUCCAGCGUCAGCCACCCGCACCAGGGCGGCGCAUACCUGUCUGAACAGCAACACCACCUCUCAAUGAUAUGCCAAGACCCCAACGCGGGGGACAGCAAGUCCCAGGUGUCUGAAGAACGAAAAUCUAAAAAGAGGAAGUCCGACAUAGAUCCUUGGUCGGCGAACCAAAAAAAGGGCAAACCCGGCCUCAGCGAAAUGCCAGACUCGGAAAGCGACAUGGAAAACUCCGAUGGAUACGUCAACGAGGACGAUAACACCAUGAAUAGUAACUCGACCAACGACGACAUUGAAGGCAGGGAGUCGUCGGUUUCCCAAAACGAGUUCGCGUCAGAUCUGGAACUGUCGGGCAUGGACGCGGACGCCCUGGGCGGACCAGACAACAGGACCUCCUCCGAUAUGGACAACUCUAAUGAUGGCGACGUGGAAGAUAUUAUCAGGAAUUCUUUUCAGAAGUCUGAUCACAAAAGGCAAAAGCUGAAAAGCAAAGACUCGGAAGCGAGAAGUAAUAGAAGCACAUCUUCUCUGCUCCUCGACUUGACUGAAGGUAAAUCGUACAUGCCGUCGUCGGUGAGCAUCACGCCCAUAGGGACCAACGCAGCGAAUACUGCGCGCUCCGAAUCCGGGUCCAGUAUCAGCUCCAUGCUCUGCCUUGACCGUCGCCCGGGAAUCGAGAUCAUACCCAUCACCGCAGCAGCACCCGCAACCCUACCCAGCUCCAUAACAAUAACACCCAUAACGUCGUCUCAACUCAAAUCGCUCGACGAACGCCAUCGCUCCGAAAAGAAAUCCAGCAAAUCAGGCGAAGAACGGAGCAAGGAAAAGAAAAAGAAGCGACGCCGAGACGACUCCAUGGGGCCACCAGAAAAAGUACCACCGAAGCAAGACCCGCUGACAAAACCCGUGUCUGUCAGCAUCAAACCCACGGACGGUUCACCGAUGCGUUCGACGUCCCCGAAUUCGCUGCUGAGAAAAUUUAGUCCGAGUCCCACCCAUGGUAGGUCUGUCUCCAUCACAAAAUCUCCGAGUCCCAGCACGGUUAAAGGUAUGGGAAAACCGUCUGGCACGUCUAGUCAUCACAGUAGCCCCCGACACUCGCCGGUACAAAACAGCCCAAAACACUUGCCAGGGUAUUCGAGCCCAAAAAACCAUAGUAUCUCUUCCCCUAAACACAGUUCUUCGGGGUCGGGAAAACCGAGCAUGUCAGCUUUAAAAUCUGCCACCAGUGGUUCGCCGUCCGGCAAAUCCGGUACCACAGGUUAUGAUUUAUCAAAAAAGAUGUCAAAAGACAGCUACGGAUCGAGCUCCGUGUCCUCCAGGGACAAGGAGAAAAAACAUUCCAGUUUGUCUUUUUCCAGUUCCGAUAGAAGUAGUCCGAAGUUAAAAAACCCGGUAAAAUUAAAACAACUCGAAAUAACCCCAGUGUCGUGCGACAGCCCCGUCACUGAACCGCUAAUAUCCCCACCAAACGUCGAAGUAAACAAAUCUAAUGCUCCGAGUCAAGCUCGGAAUAGGAAGGGCUCUCUCAGCGCUGUGAUAGAUAAAUUGAAAUCUGCUCAACAUUGCGGCACCGACACUGAACUAAGCGGUACCAAAUCUAGUAGCUCGUCCAGUAGUACUAACAAAUUCUCAGACCCUAAAAACAGUACAGCUAGUAGUAGUUCCAAAAUGAGUGAAAGCAAAAAUCAAGAAUAUAUGGUCAAACCCAGUCUAGACGGUAUGAAAAUCACCAUUAAUAAAACAAGAACAAAAGAAUCUUCUAGUAGUAGUUCAAAAUUGAACUACAGCAGUUCAAGUUCAAGUAAACAAUCUUCCCCGCAACUAACUCCCCCGAGCCAGGGCUCGCCUAAGACGCACACAGGCCUGAAGCCUGGCGUCAUUAGCGGCCCGGCGUCAAAGAAAACACAAGUCCUCCAGUCAUCAAAAUCCAGUAGCGUGACUCCAGGAUCUACACCACCGAAAGCUAAUAUGAGUCCCUCAGAAUCGUCAAGUUCUGGUAAUAGCAGUCUACCCAAAGUGCCUUAUUCUAAAUCUUCUAGUACCAGUAGCGCUGGUAUUAAUUUGUCCAAAUCGGCAUCCAAAUCUAGCUCCGGUUCACCCAAAAGUAGUAGUAUGGACAUUGCCAAAAUAAUAAGAGACAGGGAACGAGAAAAAGCCAGAACCAAACUCACCAGUAAUUCAGAAAAAUCUAUAUUCGCUUCAAAGUCUGAGAGGCACUCGAGCCCCAGUGGCUCGAGGGAUGACGUUGACGGAGACAGGUAUAAAUCUAAAGAAGCCAACUUUCUAGUCGAGGGUCUGAUCAAGCCUCUCGAUACCAGCAAAUUCCAAAUACCGAAACUUAAAAAUCAAAGCACUCCGGACAAAAACAGCCCGGUAUCACAGUACGACAGUCGGUCUUUGGUGAACGAUUUUGCUAGAGGAUUAGAUCAGAGCAAAUAUUCUUUUUCUCAUUUCGACAACUCGAAUUCGAGGCCUUCCGACCUACAAAAAUCCGCCUAUCCACUAAACGUACCGAAACCCUUACUGAACAUGGGUGGAAUGAGUCCGAAAACCGUUCAGCCUAACAAGGUGGACCAAUCCGAUCGGCCUAUAGAAUAUUCUAAGGCCAUCGACAGCUUAAAGGGCGAGAGCCCCCAGCGCAGCAAAGACGACGCGAAGGAAGGCUACUCGGUGUCUUAUCCAAUGGUGCCUUUAGAUUUUAAAACUGACAUGGCGAAGGGGUUUCCCGCUCCGAAAGGUAGUUCAGAGGACAGGAAAGGGGCAGACGCGUGCAUGAAGCCUCCGGCGAGCGGGUCGGUGCCGCGCAGUGGCGCGACCACUCCUCAGGAGGCGGCAGAGAUGCUGUUAGAUUUUUCGUCAUCGUCGGGGAGUAAAGUGUCGGGGAUGGUGGCGGUGCGGCCGGUGUACCCCGCGUCGCCGGCGCUGGCGCUGCAGCUGGCCAAGAGCCCGGCGCCGUCGCCGCUGGUGGCGCCGUCGCCGCACUCCAACUCGCCCGGCAUCACCGACGACGAGCUCAUGGACGAAGCGCUAGUCGGGCCCGGCAAGUGAGUUGGAGUGUCACGCGCGCCCGACUCCCCUAUACACCACUAAAUUUUUAUCACCGAAAAAUUUUUAACAGGUUAUGUAGAAACGUGUGGAAUAUUGAAAGAAAAAGAAAUGGUUUUCAUUAAGUUAAUUUUUUAAUUAAAUUUUCGUUAGUCCGUAUUUUACGCGUCACAGCUUUGUCACUCCGCUGCUCGCUAGAGUAGUCGUACAAGCUCGCACGUUGCAUCGUUCUGACUGUCUCGCUCACGCCUCGACCACGCUUCCAGUGUUAUUAUUACAUACUUAGCUAACUUAAACCAUUUUGAAUUCUAAUAAGUGUUACAUUAUCGUACUUAAAUAGUGCUAGCGACGCGUGUGUCCUUAAAUUACCAAUUUUAGGAGGAAAUUUUGAGUCGCUUUAUUAUUUUUUUUUUUUUUUUUUUUUUUUUUAUGCAUAACAAGGCAGGUAUUUGACCACAAUCGCACCUGAUGUUAAGUGGGAUGCAGUCUAGGAUGGUACAUAUCUGCCCUGUAAGUGCUUAUUCACUCUCGCCUUGAAGAGGCCCGGAUUAUAGUUUUCGGGAAAGACAGCAGCAGGCAACGAAUUCCAGUCCCUAGCUGUUCGCAUUAUAAAAGUGUCACUUCUUUUUUUGCACAAAUGGGAUCAGUAUCAAUAACUCAUUACCCAGAUAUUUUUUUUCGGUGAUAAAAAUUUAGUGGUGUAUAGAAGGCAGUUCAAUUCGCUAUCGGACUGUUAACCCGCAUAUAAAUAAAAAAGGCCAAUCAUUCAAGAGUACCUACCUAGAAUUUAAAAUAAUGAUAAACACUUGUGUAUCGUGUGAUGUAUACUGAAGCCGGUAACUGAUUAAACUACAUUCUAUGCAGAAAGUACAAGCGACCGGCCUUAUGAAUGACAUACGUAUUGUUACAUUCUAUGGUUAUUAUUGUCUGUAACGAAGUAUAUUUAACUGAUUUAUAUAAUAAUGUUAUUUAUGAAUCUAUAUUUAUUUGUGUCUGAUGAAUAUUCAUCGUUUUCUCAGUAGGUGUUAUUUAAAUUAUGUGUUUUAAUUUUUAAGACCACAAAUAUUAAACCAAGAUAUUUUGUGAUUAACCUAUAAUCUGUAUAUGUUAGUAUUUGUAUAAAUAAUAUCGUGUCAUACAAUCAUUAUACGAGAAGGCCCAGAAAACUAAACAUGAAGCCCUUCAUAUAAUCUUAUUCAAGAACCACUUCUGACUAAACAACUGCCAUGAAUACAAUUUAGUGUACAACAUUAUGUCCUAAUUUUAUUUUAGUUACGUAGCCAAUAGUGAACAAGAAUAAUUUUUCAAUAAUAAUUGUAAAUAUAAUUAUAUGAAUUGGUAAUAUAUGAUAUUGAAAUUAUUACAUCGGUAAGGGAUUAUGCUUUAGUUGAAAAGAUUUUUUCAGAAAUAAAACUAUGAAAAUCUA